UUCGUGGGUAGCAGAACCAAGUCUGUGAUUUUGUGGUGGAUGGUCAUUGGAAGAAUCGUGUGUCUGCAGACUGCAAUGUAUUUGUGGAGUGGAGAAUGAUAACGUAGUUGCGUUUGGCCAUGUUCAAUAUAAAUGAUUGAAGGCACCAUCUGGGGGGAAAGUAGUUGCUCAUCGAUAAUGUUGAAGCCAAGACUGCCAGUGAAAGCAAUAAUGCAAAAAUCAUUUCGGACGCUACUUUCCAGCCCACGAUGCUUCCCUCUUCCAGCUCCGAGGGUAUCCUUCUCCACUUCCUUUCCCUCUGAUUUCUCUCCAUGGUCGGGCCUCCAAUCCUGGAGACGAGCUCCGCUUAACGAGGAUCGAUUCUGGGGACCGAACGGCCCCAAGCCGCUUCUCCCUCCAGACAACGACGGCGAUGAUAUCCCUUUUGCUUCAGCCGUGGCUUCCGCAUCGUCACUCGCCGAGCUUGGUGCUAUUGUCCUCUCCACCGCCGACCCACUCGCCAAGUCCAAGCUUUCUCACCGUGCUUUCGCCCGGUGGGCCGAUGAAGGCCUGCCGAUUGGCUGCCACACCCCGCCGGACCGCCCUGCCCGCCCGCCCCAACCUCAGCUGGUCUCUCCCAAGGAGAUCCCGGCUCCGCGUGACUCCGGGCUGCCCCUCAACGCUUACAUGCUUCACAGUCUAGCUCAUGUCGAGCUCAAUGCCAUCGAUUUGGCGUGGGAUACCGUCGUUCGGUUUUCUCCCUUCGCCGAGAUUCUGGGGCAAGGCUUCUUCGCCGACUUUGCCCAUGUCGCUGACGACGAGAGCCGCCACUUCGCCUGGUGCUCUCAGAGGCUUGCCGAGCUCGGUUACAAGUAUGGGGAUAUGCCAGCUCAUAAUCUCCUGUGGAGGGAAUGCGAAAGAUCCUCCGAUGAUGUUGCUGCACGACUGGCUGUCAUCCCGCUUGUGCAGGAGGCUAGAGGACUUGAUGCUGGGCCUAGGCUUGUGCAGAGAUUGGUCGGUUUUGGGGACAACCAGACAUCGAAGAUUGUGGCUAGGAUUGCAGAGGAGGAAGUUGCUCAUGUAGCCGUUGGGGUUUACUGGUUUGUUUCUGUUUGCCAGAAAUUGAACCGUCCCCCUUCCUCCACUUUCAAAGAGUUGUUAAAGGAGUAUAAUGUUGAACUGAAAGGGCCUUUCAACUAUUCAGCUAGAGACGAAGCUGGGAUUCCCCGUGACUGGUACGAUGCGUCAUAUGCAAGUAAACAGGGCCAGAGUGAAAAACAUAAUUCAAAUGAGCAGCUCGAUGUGGUUUAUGAGAGACUUGCUUCCAUUGUAGCCAUGGAAUGCCAGAAUGCAGACCUGGAUGGUCAGCAUGGGUGAUUGGUUAGAUAAAAAAAAGAAAAAGCAGCUUCCAAUCUGAAAAUUGGCUGAUCCAAAACAUCGACUCAUGUUUGCUGGGUUUGGAAACUAGUAGAACUAGAACCACCGAGAAUUUUGUUAAGUGGUGGUCUCUGUGUAUUUCCCACAGUAAAUCUUUAGCUGAUGCAGCCGGUGUUUCAUCAUGUGUAAGUAGUAUGAAAAGUUUGGUCGUGUUUUAUGGCUCGUUACAACGUCACGGGGGUAGGCAGCGCCGCAUAGGCCUCGUUUAUGUAUAUUUGUUAACGGUCAUGGUUGUCAACUUCAUGCAGGUCCAUGUAGCUAGGGUGCCAAUUGGUUGUAUGUCGGUUAAUUAUUAAACGAUUUGACGGUUAGUGGUUAAUUACCAAACAUAAAAUGUAUACUGAAAA